GCACACCAGACAUCCAAAAUGGUCUUCAAAACCCUAACCCACCUCCUCACCACCCUCGACGAAAUCACCCAACUCAGCCACGACCUCCUCUCCCAAACCCUCAUCGCCCAAGGUUCCCACGGCGACCACCCCCUCUACGGCACCUACUUCCUGAACCUCGCCACCACGACCCUCCCUCCCGCCGCCGCCGCCCUUGCCAUCUACCAAGCCAUCGAAGGUACCGCCCAGCUGCGCCAACUGAACACCCACCUCGAGACCCUGAACACCACCCUCGCUAGCGACAACGCCCUCCGCGUGGCCUCGGAAUUCCCCACCCUGGUCUACAACAUGCUCCAACAUAAAAUCAAGUCCGAGCCGGAUGAUACCUGGUAUUUGGUGUAUCAUCCGGACACGAUCUGGAGGCAUCAUUUUGAGGAUUUGAUUCUGACCAGGGGGGUGUUGGGGGAGAGGUUUAUUGGGUUGUUUCAGAAUUUGGAUGCGGUGGUGGGGUAUAUGCAGGCGAUGAGGCGGGUGCAGGCGGAGCGGGAUCGGGGGGGUGGGGGAGGGAAGAGGAGGCCGCAUUUUAGGUUGUUAAUUCCGGCGUAUUAUCCGAUUACGGUGGCUACGGCGGUUCAGUUUCCCGAGGAGAUUGCUCCGUUUGAUGUGUAUUGUGAUGUGCACAAUGGGAAGCCGUUGGUGCAGAUGUAUUUGCCGGGGGUGAAGGAGGGGGAGAUUGGGAAUGUGGGGUUGUAUAAGCCGCAGAAGGGGUUUUUUGAACAAUGGUUUGGAUCUGGGAAGGAGGAUGUCCCGAGAGUGUUGGGGAUCGUUGCUGCGAAGAACGAUGAAGAGGGCGGAAAGAUGAAUGAGAAAGGCAUCGAAAACGGGGUGGAGUACAAAGCCCAUUCUCAAGAACAGGCAUUACCAGCAGAAGCCUUCGAACUCAGUGGAGAAGAGUAUAUCUACGAAGACGCAGACGAUCUGGAUCGAGCCUCCACGGUAGCGUCGGCCGGAGAAACAGACCCGAAACGCCAUUCGCAUCGUCGCCGGAGUGGUCGACACAGUACAUCACAGAGCGGGUCGUUUGCGGGCAGCGAUUUCUACUCGGUAUAUUCAUGGACAUCGAGCCAAAGCUCCCAUGGGUCGCGCCGGAGACGCCGACGGCGACAUACCAGUCAGAAUGGGUCGAGUACUUGAUACCCAAGGUGAGACAACAAAGGGCUAUCUGCUACGAUAGCACUCCGCUGAGCAUCCGCCCGAAAACCGGCAACUGGCCAACUUUGGGACGGCGAUUGACACUGAACAUCUCGG